UGUAUGUCAAGGUAUUAAGUGUACGCUCAUAUACUUUUGCUCUCACAUACUUGCUAUUCUUUAUCAAGAUAUUCUAGCUUUCCUUGUCUGAAACCCAUGUAUGCGACCAUACCCCAUUCCUCAUUUGUAAGCUUAACACUUGUGUCAGUGUUAAAAAUAAAAAAAACAGCUUCACUUCUGUGAAAGGCAGCAUGCUUCCUGUAUUCCUCACAGAUCAGCCAAUGUCUCGCUUCUUGCUUGACAGUGAACAAUCUGCUGGUUGAGGGGCCAAUAUACCACAAAACAAGACUUCUCCCCCAGCAUUUGGAUUUGCCACCAUGUUUACCCCAAAGCCUGGGAGAUUUCCAGCUCUUGUGUUACUUCUGGUUCUGUCAAGCAAGGCGGUCUCAAGAUGUCUAUCUAGCCACGGGGAGGUAGCAACCCAUGGACCCCAGGAGUCAAACCUGUCUGAGCUACCACCUCAAACAACACCCCCUGUAGCCCUCAACAAAGACCUGACCGAAAACGCAACAGAAGUCUCCGUUACCCAGCAAACAAUGAGAACUGAAACAUCAGAGACAGACCAUGAGACUGAGCUCUCCCACACCACUGUGAGAGUUAAACAAACACCUGUCCCAUCAGCCCUGCAUCCACCCAACCCUACCACUGCCAUCAACUCCUUCACUGAAGGGACAGCAAAAUCCUCCAUUGCAGGAAGCGUCAGUGUCUCGAACAGAGUGACAUGCCCGACCAUGACCCCUAAGGGGAGAAGGCUGAUAGGUCAGUGCCUGAUCAUCAUCGCUGUGCUGGCUGCUGUGAUGACAAUGUUCAUUGUCAGCACCGUCAUCCUCCUGACCAAACUGACAGGCAGCAGAUACAGACACAGGGCCCAGCAGCGGCAGGGACAGGGCACAGAGAUGGUGUGCAUCUCAGCAAUGGUCCCCACCAAAACCACUUAUGGAGGCCAGGGGAGAUACAGAUGCCCCAUAAGCAACAUCACCCUAAUGCCCAGCACAGAGGACAGCGAGGGGGACAAUCUCACUCUCAACAGCUUCAUCCCAGACCUUGACGGAGGCUUGUAACACUUCACACAGUCAAACUCACAAUACACAAUAACACACUUGAGCUUUCUGUCAGCUACAUAGCAAAUGUUUUGUCCUUAUACAGAAAAAGAAUUGCAUUGCUUAACUCACUGUUAUUCUAAUGACAAAUACAAAUCUAUCACUAUGGCGAAGCAUGUGUAUACCUGA